AAUUUUGAGAAUACUCAUCUUCAUUCACUAUCCUCCCAUACUCUGCUUUUCUGUAACUCCAAAUAAAUAAUACAACCAUGGCAGCUGAUGAUGCCAAGCUUCAAAUGAUGGAUAAGCUCACUUCUGAUCGCCUCGGUCUCCAGAUCAUCCCCAUUGUAGGAAUGGGCGGCACAGGUAAGACUACUCUUGCUAGAAACACUUAUCAAGACAGUCUUAUUAAGGACCAUUUUGAUAUUUUUGCUUGGGCUACCAUCUCUCAAGAAUAUAGCAUUAGAGAAAUUUUUAUUGAAGUUCUCCGUCAAGUAAAUAUUAGUGAAGUUGGCCAGGAAAGUGAGGAUGAAUUAGGAUUAAGGUUGUAUAAACAUCUUUUUGGUACAAAAUACCUGAUUAUAAUGGAUGAUAUGUGGGAUAUUGAUGCAUGGGAUAGGGUAAAGAAAUAUUUUCCAGACAACGACAAUGGUAGCAGAGUAGUGGUAACAACUAGGCUAUCAAAUUUGGCUUCUGAAUUACCCGGUUCCAGUAGCAUUGAAAUGGAACUUUUGGAUGAGGCUGCUAGUUGGGACCUGCUUUCCAAAACUGUGUUUGGGGAAAAACGUUGCCCGCUUGAACUGGUGAAGAUCGGGAAGGAAAUAGGGAGAAGUUGCAAAGGACUUCCACUGUCAAUUUCGUUGUGGUUGGAGGACUUCUGGCCAAGUCCAAACAUACAAGGGAAUUUUGGCAAUACAUGAGGAAAAACUUAAAUGCAAUUGUUAAU